AAAAUCUUUACCUCUUACAUUGCAGGUGAACUUAGGUGCAUGAAAUCAAGUACACACAAAGAAGAAUGGACUGGCACAAAGCUGCCAGAUCCAGGAGCUUCUCAGUAUGGGAAUUUCAUAAAUUAUUAUCACUUCAACCCUCCAGAGAAUAGACUCCACUCUUUCAAAUCUUCAAAUUCAGAGGGAGUCUUGAAAUGGGUGAUGGAGAAGUCCACGAAGCAAGACUUCCUUGUUCUAGACAUUGGUUGCAACUCUGGUGAACUGACUGAAGGCUUUGCUCAAAUUCUUCUAAAUGGAACCAGGACUUUGGAAUCACCAAAGAGGAUUUCAGUACUUGGAGUUGACUUGGACCAGUCCUUGAUCCAGAGUGCUACAGAUUCUCGUAGUUUUGCAGACAGCUGUGAUUUAUCAGUUCGGUAUCUCAAAUUGGACAUCAUGGACAGUGAUGCAAUCAAUACCUUGCAGACCUUCCUCAGAGGCUUUGAUCAUACAUGCUUUGAUCUCACACUCUGCUUUUCAGUGACAAUGUGGGUUCACUUGAAUCAUGGUGAUGAAGGACUUUCACAGUUCUUGAGCAAUGUGGCUGAAGUGUCUGAACAUGUACUCAUUGAACCUCAACCAUGGAAGUGUUAUAGAAAUGCACAAAGACGCAUGAUACGGAAUGGUCUAGGAGGCUUUUUUCUCUAUCACAGUCUCAAGGUGCGAUCAAAUGUCGAUGAGUGGAUUCUAUCAAAGUUGACUUCAUCUCCUAUCUCUAUGAAUAAGCUCUUUAGGUUUGAGUCUUCUUCAUGGGGUAGGUCCAUGACAAUGUUCAGUAAAAAGCAUAGUAAAAUAGAACUUCCUUGGCUGAUAUAAGAGUACUUUAUCACAACAGCAGA